UGUUGCGAUAUCAGGAAACAUGGAGGCAGAAUCAAACGAAGUAGGAAUCGAAAUGAGAAUACACUCCACAACCGAAAAGGAGCCAUCCAAUUCAGGGAAUAUGGACAAGCCUCCAAGUGGUCGGAGUGGGAGCUCAUCAGAGGAAGAGGAGCAUGACAAGGGCAAAGAUAAAAAAGCAGAGCCAUCAGAUCCUGAGAAGAGGCCAGAUGACAGAAGUAAGAAAAGCCCUCCUCAAGAGAAAGGGGGGCGUGCUUCACGGAGCGAUGACAGCGAUAGCAGUAGUGACAGUUCCAGCGGCUCAGACAGUGGCAGUAGCAAAGAGAGUUCAGCCAGUGCUGGUGGGGCACGGAAAAUGAAAAGCAGAGUGUCACAAAUAACACAUAAUUUCAAUGAGGAUGCAAGAGACCAACGCAAAAGCCCCUCUCCAGAAUACAGGGAUGGCGAACGCCGGAGGUCUAGGUCCCCACCAGACCGUGAUGAAGAUCGUGGUGAAGAUCGGUAUGAUAGGCGGUACGACCGUGGGCGUCCUGGCACUGGGAGAUACAGUGACAGAGAUGAAAACCCUAGAGAGCGGUUGAGGGAAAAAUACCCUGAUAGGGACAGAGAGAGAGAACGGGAAAGGGAGAGGACACGCUACCCCAGCAGAGAGAGGGUCCGUGAUCGCCUUCCCAGCAGUGAGAGGGAUGCAGAUCUCCGAAGAAGAGGUAGAUCACCCUCCCCUGUUGUGGAAGAGCCUCCAGUAAAAAAGAAGAAAGAAGAGCUGGAUCCAAUCCUGACUCGGACAGGAGGAGCCUACAUUCCACCUGCCAAGCUCCGGAUGAUGCAGGAGCAAAUCACUGACAAGAGCAGUAUGGCAUAUCAGAGGAUGAGUUGGGAAGCCUUGAAGAAGUCAAUCAAUGGUCUCAUCAACAAAGUGAAUGUCUCAAACAUAGCCAAUAUAAUUCAUGAACUUCUACAAGAGAACAUUGUGAGAGGAAGAGGUCAGCUGGCAAGGUCAAUCUUGCAAGCACAGAAUGCCUCUCCAAUAUUCACACAUGUGUAUGCGGCAGUUGUAGCAAUUAUUAAUUCAAAGUUUCCGCAGAUUGGAGAGCUAGUGCUCAAAAGAUUAAUUCUCAAUUUCCGAAAAGGAUAUAGAAGAAAUGAUAAGCAACUUUGCUUGGCAGCAUCCAAAUUCGUGGCCCACCUCGUUAAUCAGAAUGUGGCCCAUGAAGUUCUCUGCUUGGAAAUGCUCACUCUCCUUUUAGAGCGGCCUAACGAUGACAGCGUGGAAGUAGCGAUCAGUUUUCUGAAAGAGUGUGGGCUCAAACUGACCGAAGUGUCCCCUCGUGGCAUUAAUGCUAUAUUUGAACGUUUACGCAACAUUCUUCAUGAAUCUGAGAUUGACAAGCGUGUCCAGUACAUGAUAGAAGUCAUGUUUGCAAUUCGGAAAGACGGCUUUAAGGAUCAUCCUGUAGUUCCUGAAGGCCUUGAUCUAGUAGAAGAAGAAGAUCAGUUUACUCAUAUGCUUCCUUUGGAAGAUGAGUACAACCCAGAGGAUGUGCUCAAUGUCUUCAAGAUGGACCCUAAUUUCUUGGAAAAUGAAGAGAAGUAUAAAACAAUUAAAAAGGAUAUCCUUGAUGAAGGCAGCAGUGACUCAGGGUCUGGGGAUGAUGCAGAUGGCAGUGAUGAAGAUGAUGACGAGGAGGAAGUGAAUGAAGAAGAAGGAGAACAAGAGAAAGUUACCAUUCAUGACAAGACUGAGGUGAACUUGGUUGCCUUUCGACGUACCAUCUAUCUUGCUAUUCAGUCAAGCUUGGACUUUGAAGAAUGUGCCCAUAAAUUGAUAAAGAUGGAUUUUCCAGACAGCCAAACGAAAGAACUCUGCAAUAUGAUACUAGACUGCUGUGCACAGCAAAGAACAUAUGAGAAAUUCUUUGGCCUGCUUGCUGGGCGUUUUUGUCUGUUAAAAAAAGACUACAUGGAGAGUUUUGAAGCAAUAUUCAAAGAACAAUACGAAACCAUUCACCGACUUGAAACCAAUAAAUUACGAAACGUUGCCAGGAUGUUUGCUCAUCUGUUAUAUACAGAUUCUGUCCCUUGGAGUGUCCUGGAAUGUAUACUAAUAAGUGAAGAUACCACUACGUCAUCUAGUAGAAUCUUUGUGAAGAUUCUGUUCCAGGAGCUUUGUGCUUACAUGGGACUUCCAAAACUCAAUGAAAGGCUUCAAGAUGUGACUUUACAGCCCUACUUUGAGGGACUAUUUCCUCGAGAUAACCCAAGGAACACAAGAUUUGCCAUCAAUUUCUUUACCUCUAUUGGUCUGGGAGGUCUAACAGAUGAGCUUCGAGACCAUUUAAAAAAUGCUCCCAAAAUGAUCAUGACGCAGAAGCAAGAAGUGGAAUCAUCCGAUUCAUCUUCAUCCUCCUCGGAUUCGGACUCUUCCUCUGAUUCAGAAAGCGGCAGCAGUGACAGCGAUAGCAGCUCAUCCAGCAACAGUGAUUCUUCCUCUAGUACUAGCAGCAGUGAAAGCAGCAGCAGAUCAGAUUCAGAUUCAGAGCACAGGAAAAAAUCAAGCAAGAAGAAAGACAAAGGACCUAAAACAUCUACCAGUAAAAAAAGAUCUUCAGAAAAGGUGCCUACCAGCAAGAAACAGGCUAGUAGGCAUAGCAACAAUGCUGAAGAACAAGAGAUGUCCUCCCAUAAACACAGCAGCAAAGCCCAUAGACAAAAGGAUCGUCCGAAAGAUACUUCAACACAUAACAGAGAUGAUCACAGGCGCAGUAACAAGGACCCUGACCGUCGGCGAAACCAUGAGUUUGAAGACAAGCGCUCUGACUCUCAGAAAGACAAAGAGAACAUUAAAAAUAACCCCUACUCUGAACAUGACAGAGACAGAUACCGGAGCCGGGAGGAGGAGAAGUACAGUAGCAGGAGAGAAGAAAGGUCAAAGGAGACAAACUCAAGAGCAGGUAGUGAGGAUGGCUACAAGAAUGGCGAAGGAAGGCGAGCAGAAAAAUUUGACAAGGAGAGUAGACACUCUGAUAGAUCUAGGGACACCAAAAGAACAGACGAUAGGAGGAGGGAAAGUUCUCCACGUAGACGGAGAUAGUGUAGAGCACAUUUUAUUUUUUUCUCAAACCAUGCUAAAAAAAAAAUGUAUGUAAAUUUGAUGGCUGUUUGCAGUUCAUUUGAUAGUCGCCUAACAGAUCCCUUCAAAAGUCAGAUUCAUUUUUCCUUGUAAUACUUAAUAGCUAACUUUUUGUAAACUGGGAAAAAUGUGAUGCUUUUAAGAAACAAAUGCCACAUGAUGGAGUCAAAGAGAAAUCUUGUAAAAUCGAUUGAAAUUUGAUGGCAUUUGGAGUAUUAAUAUUUUUAUGGACCUGAAUAUUGCUCCUUGCUCUCUUUUUUAAAGAGGUAUUUUCAACCUCCUUAAUUGCCGUCUUGUAAAUGUUUUUUUAUUUGGUUUGGUUUUUUU